AAUUUGUUUCUUGCAGUAUAACAUAUUGGAACCUGGCAUUACUGGCACCGAAUGUGAUAUUUCUGAUUUUUUUGGCCUACCAUAUUGGCUUAUUCUACAGAAUGUUUCAACGACAUAAUUUUCCAAUGGUCAAAACUCUGCUUAUAUUGGUAAACUUUGUAAUUUAAAGCUGUAUAUAUUAUUAUGUGGUUAUGUCUUGGUGAUGAUAAUGGUAACAGUGGUAGUGGUGAUGGCCAGAUAAUGGUGCUGACGAUAAUAAUGGUGGUGACGAUGAUCAUGAUUAGGAUAUAGCUUUGAUGGUGAUGAUAGUGAUGGUCCUGGUGACGAUAACGAUGGUGGUGACGAUGAUCAUGAUUAGGAUAUAGCUUUGAUGGUGAUGAUAAUGAUGGUCCUGGUGAUGAUGUCGAUGGUGGUGAUAAUGAUAGUGAUUAGGAUAUAGCAUUGAUGGUGAUGAUAGUGAUGGUCCUGCUGACGAUAACGGUGGUGGUGGUGAUGAUAGUGAUGGUCCUGAUGACGAUAACGAUGGUGGUGGUGAUGAUCAUGAUUAGGAUAUAGCAUUGAUGGUGAUGAUAGUGGUGGUGUUGGUGACUAAGAUGGGAGUGAUGAUGAUGAUAAUGAUGGCCCUGGUGACGAUGUCGAUGGCAGUGAUGAUGAUGAUGAUGAUGGUAGUGAUCCGGAUGGCUGAUGAUUAGGACAGAAGUGAUGGUGAAUCAACCUUGGUCCUUGGUCUUACCUCUUGUGGAGGAAAGAUCAUGGUAGUAGCUGGUGAUGAUGGUGUUAAUGGUGAAUAGGAGGAAGUGAUGAUGGUGGUGAUGAUGGUGAUAAUGAUGGUAGUGAUCCUGAUGGCUGAUGAUGGUGGUGAUUAGGACAGAAGUGAUGGUGAAUCAACCUUGGUCCUUGGUCUUACCUCUUGUGGAGGAAAGAUCAUGGUAGGAGCUGGUGGUGGUGAUUAGGACAGAAGUCUGAAGUGAUGGUGAUGACAGUGGUAGUGGUGAUCAGGAGGAAGUGGUGAUGUUGGUGGUCAUGACUAAUGUUAUUCAAGUUUAAUUAUUCUAUUAAAUCUGUAGGUAUCACUGGUAUGUGUGGUGAAUGUUAUACGAGGGUUUAUUGCCAGUAUAACCAGAGCACACAGCCCGGACGACAACAUAGCUAACGAGGUAUGCUUACUGAAACACAUACUGCAUGACAUAUGACACUCUGGUUAUAUCCUUGUAAUCAAUUUAAAACACAUUUGUCAUUCUAGAGCUUGUGGCUGCUCUUACGUUUUCUUGUCCUUGCAGUGGAAAUAAGUGUUAUUGGAUAUGGACUGUUUGGUAUUGAAAGUUAACAUAUUUAUGCAUGCAUUCCACCUUCUUGGAUAUACAUUCGAUAUGCAUAUGUCACAAUUUGAGAAAAAAACAAAAUUUUUAUCUUGCAAACCACAUGUCAUUAUCAAUAUGAAACUCGAUUUUCCGAAGUCUUUUUAGUACUCAAUUUACUCACAACAAUUUAAGAAACUUUUCAAAGAAAUUUAAUCCCACAUGAAGUAGUUUUAACAAGUUUACCCUGCUUGUGACGUCAUCAAAAACUCAGUUAAUUAGGUCAAUUAUAAUACCAAGAUGGUGGACUGCACACUGUUUUUGGUCAAAAUAUUUUGAAAACCAAGCAUUGAGGUCUGAAAAAGUUGUAAAGGAUCUUCAUAUAUAAGUUUAAAAGUUCUUUCAAAUAAGACCAAGUUCAUUUUUAUUGCCACAUCCCUUUAAAUAAAACUUAUUUCUUGCAGGCAAUGGUCGAGGAAAAGGUGUUGGCAAAAGAGUUAUCUCUCUUUCAUUUUUUCUUGCUCUUGUUUAUGCAACCAUACAGGUUUGAAAUCAUCUUUACUGGCAUAAAAUGGAAUUAAGUCAUGCAUUAUUUAUCAUUAUCGAGGGCACAUAUUAAAGGGUUAACAGGAUGCAUGGGCAGUUUGCUAAACCCAUUAUCAAUUAAAAAUAUCAUUACCAGUACUUAAUUAGAUCAUUAAUCAUCUUAAUUAUCAAUUAGAAAUGAACUUAACUAUCAAUUAAAAAUAUCAUUGUCACUCAUUAAGUCAUCAAAUUGGGUUAUUCCAGAAAACAUCCAUACCACCCACACAGAGGAAAUUGGAAGUUAACCCCCCUACUCCCUUCAGAUGUCCUAAUACAUUUACUAUUAUCAGAAACAAUGUUUUCUCCCCUCCCCCUCUGGACGGCAGAAAUUUCCUCCAUGGAGGGAGUGUGGAUCUUUUCUGGAAUGCCCCUUUUUAAAAUGAUUACAAUAAAGCUAAACAUAAAAUCUAACUAUUUUUCUUUCAGUCUUUGUUAGAAGUCUACACACCAGAUCGUACUCGAAUUUUUAAGAAUAAGUACAUGAUGUUUCAACAUGGCGGAAUGCUGUUCUGGUUCAUAACAUCUUGUGUAUUUUUUGUGGUAUGUCAUCGAACUAGCUAAAGUUAAAAACACCACAUUCUUUGAGCAUAUUAGUUUUCUCCAUAGAUAUCUUAUAUACACUAGAUAGUGCAUCUAAUUAUUCUGCAAUUCGAAAAUUGAAGCUGUGAUUGCAGUCUCAGGUCGUUCCCAUGAAAUGAGAAGAUUCGUAUGUUUUCUAUUUCUAUAACAGGGAACUUAAACUUUAAGUUAACCCUAUUCCAAAUACAUUUUUAAACUAUUCAAAUCAUGAAAGUUAUUGUUGUUUUUAAGCGUUUAUUAGCAAGUGGGAACGACCAACAUGGCCGCCAUCUAUUCAAAUGGGGGUAACCGCUGAA